GCUUGUCCUUGUCGGACCUCAGUGUGGCGGAGCUAGCGUUCAGCGGUGACAGCAGCUGUCGGAGCAGCAUGGACGAUGUCAGCCCCCCCGAGUCUGUGUUGGGCAAACAAAUCUCCUACGGGUUUAGAAGAAGCAGCGUUUAACGACAGGACACUUUUUCUUUUUUUUUAAUGGCGACACAGCUGAAUUUCUAGACCAAUAAUAACGUUAGUGUAGCGGAGAAGCUAACAGCUAGCAUACGUUACUUAACCUGGAAUUUGGCGAAUUUAGGAACAAGAACCUGCUAACCGGUCCCUCUGGAAUAACUCGGGAUAUCUAAGCAGCAGGAGACCGCAUGUGUCUGAGCCGGUGUCAGACUGUGUGAGUGCCUGGUGUCGCCGCCCGUCCUGUGGAUGAAUUCAUGAGCGCGCUCAGUGACAGCUGUGCGUAGUCCUCGGGAAUGGGGAAUGGAGUCCAGGAACAACGGGCAUCUCUUACACAAGGAGAAGUGCUGCCCCUGGCUUCCUCCAGUCAGUCAGAAGGCUUGAUGCAGACUCGGACUGUCCUCAACUCGCUCUUCUCAGGGGCUUUAGCAGGAGCUUUGGCCAAGACCGCUGUCGCCCCAUUGGACAGGACUAAAAUCAUCUUCCAAGUGUCGUCAAAAAGAUUCUCUGCCAAGGAGGCAUACAGGUUGAUAUACCGCACCUACCUAAAGGAUGGCUUCUUCAGUCUGUGGAGGGGGAACUCUGCCACCAUGGUGCGAGUCAUCCCAUACGCUGCCAUCCAGUUCUGUGCUCAUGAGCAGUACAAGAGGAAGCUGGGAAGCUACUAUGGCUUUCAGGGCAGUGUCCUGCCUCCGAUACCAAGGUUACUGGCCGGAUCUAUGGCCGGUACAACGGCGGCCAUGCUGACCUAUCCUCUGGACAUGGUGCGAGCUAGGAUGGCCGUAACACCAAAGGAAAUGUACAGUAAUAUCCUGCAUGUGUUUGUGCGGAUUUCUCGAGAAGAGGGCCUGAAGACGCUGUAUCGAGGUUUUGCACCCACCAUACUGGGUGUGGUUCCCUAUGCUGGCCUCAGCUUCUUUACCUAUGAGACACUGAAGAAGCUACAUGCUGAACGCAGCGGCCGCCCCUUCCCCUACUCGUACGAGCGCCUGGCGUUUGGAGCCUGUGCGGGUCUCAUUGGCCAGUCGGCGUCUUACCCCCUGGAUGUGGUACGACGGCGCAUGCAGACUGCGGGAGUCACCGGUCACACGUAUGGCACCAUCCUGGGCACCAUGCGGGAGAUCGUGUCCGAGGAGGGGGUCAUCCGCGGACUCUACAAAGGUCUCAGCAUGAACUGGGUGAAGGGGCCUGUUGCAGUGGGGAUCAGCUUCACGACAUUUGACCUUACUCAGAUUCUGCUGAGGAAGCUGCAUCAGAUGGGCUACACGUCUCGAUAAUAGCAUAUCGACUGAUAUGAAAAUAAUUAUAGUGAUAAUGUUCUUUUUCCAUAUCGCCCAGCCCGACGUGGUACUGUGUACCUGUACACACUGUUGUCGUGUACAUCUAAGUGCAAUAUGCUCAGUGAUUUUAUGUGUGUGGGUGCUGAUAGGUUAUUACGCUCUGUGCCCCUUGUGGACCAGGCCUGUGAGUGUAUUUAACGAUCAGAGAGUUCAGAGAUACACAUACACAUACACACACACACACACACACACACACACACACACACACACACUGAUAAGUCAACUGCCUUGUCUGUCUGCUUCAAACCGACACCCUCAAUUGCAAUGCAGGCUGCCACUCAUUUCCUACUGACUUUUAACAACCAUUUGGUUUGAUAAGAGUAAAUUGGGCCCUUUUAAGAUUUGUUUUGAUUUGUGUACAUUGUUUUUAUGGAAUCAUACCAAAGGUUAGGAUGUGAGCUAGCUUCAAGAUGCUAUGAUGUUAGUACAUAUGAGCACAAAAGAGAUAAAACUUGCACAGAGGUAGCAGGAUCUUUACUGACAGGGAAUAAUGAGUUAUUGUUUGAGUUGAAGUUGUUUAAAUUUCUGAGUCAAGUAUCUUUAAUGUAAAACUUUAAUGUGAAACUUAAUUCGCAGACUUUUAGUUUGAGUUAAGCUUCUGCACUGACAUCAGACAUCUAUAUUUAAUGCCAGUGCCAAAAGUUAUAACGUAUAAAAAGUGCCCCUAUUAUUACCUCUGCCAAGGAUGUUAUGUUUUCAUCCCUCACUGUUCGUUCAUUUGUUUUGUUUGUUUGUUUGUUUGUAUGUUUGGUAGAAGGAUCACACAAAAACCACUGAACUAAACAUGUUGGUUUUAUUCCAGACAAAGAGGCAGAUCUAGGACCUGUUUUAAAUCACUUUCCCAAACAUUGCGAAAUAAGACUUUUGCUGAUAUUUGAACCCCUUUUCCAGGGAUUGAGACAUGGAUCUUGAUGGAAAAAAUAAUAUUUAGGGUGACUGAUAUCUGGAAAUCCAGAAUAAAAUAUAGUUUCAAAUGGGGGUAGGUUUUUUCUGCCCCUGUAUGUUAAUAGUUUUGGCCAAAUGCUGACCAAGAGGCAGAUACAGGAAUUAUCCCUUGGCGAAGCUAUGCGCUCAACUGAGUGCCAUUCUAGUUUAGUUUUUUUCAAAAGUGAUUGACAGUUUGGUUGUCUGACAUAUCAACACAUGUUAGUCUGUUGCUAAAAAUAACUGACAGGCAGUCUCAAGUGAUGCACAUAAGACAGUUUGAUGGGUCCUUUUACAGACCUGUGAUCACCAGUGAAGGAGGAACACGUGUACUAAUGUGAUCUGAUACAGCAGCCCUGCAGAUAACACAUGAUGUUUACAAUGUCUCAAUAUUGUUGUAGCACUGUAAGAGGUAUUUCUUCUAAUCCUUGGUGUUUGUUGGUAUUGUUUCAGAGGAAUUAACGGGCGAUAACAUUGGAGUUCUGUAUACCGUACCCAAAUGUUGUCUGAAGCAUCUAUCGCUUGAGGAACUUGCUGCCAUUUCAAGCUUGAGUUGUGUAAAUCUUGACAAGACACUGGUUCAGAUUUUAACUGGUCCUUGAAACAAUAACUUGUGCUUUGUGUGGACUCGCGGUGUAGAUCGGUAUUUGCUACUGAACUGAAAACCUGACUGGAAAUAUGCACACACACACAGUGAAGAGCUUGUUUUGUUACAGGUAUAAUUCAGUAUAUUUCAAUGUUCUUUAUAUUGUACUUUUCCUCAGUGCACGUUUAGCUUUUUGUGUGUACGUGAGUUUCAGCAGUAUUGAUGCAGGCCUCCAGUCAUUAGCAGUGUCAAUAGUUUCUAUACUUAGACCUUAACCACUGAGACAGAGAGGUUGAGCCAAGUGGAGCAGAGGUCAGGACGUUUAAAGCAGAAAGUUUAUCUUUAAAACACUAAACAUUUAGUCUAAAAAAGAAAAAAACAAUACAAAAUUUGUUUAACUCUUAAAUAAAAUAUAUGAUCACUUUUAUUAUUCGUUAUUCCUAAAAGUCACCAGAGAAACUACCAUAAUAGUUAGUAAAGUCCAGAGUAAUGCCUUAACAUUGCUAACCACCAUACACAUACCUCACAAGAUGUUUUAAAGUAUGUUUGAAACAAAAAGUUGUGUUUGCACAUAUUUAAUCAGCAAAUAGUUUUUUUUUCUCCCUUUUUAAAAAGUUCAAUAAUCUCAAAGUUAUGUUAAAAAAUUUACACAAGUACCAGAAUGAUUCUUGUCACGUAAAGUUUCUAAAACCACUGUUGUGAUUAUUUUUUUUAAUUUAAAUAAUGAAUGCUUAAAAUCUGAAACUAAUUAACUUUUCAAACCAAGCAUUCAUCUUCCACCUUUAGUACUUAACAGUUUGCGAUACAGUAGAAUUUCACAACAUCUCUAUUCAGUAGCUCUGUUAACUCGUUCAUUAAACUCUCAACCCUCCUCAAAACUGCGUCUGUCUGACCAGCCCCCUCUCAUCUCUGUUCAUCGAAGCUGUGAUUGUUUUCCUAAUUGACCAAUGAAUCAGGUUUAGGGGAAAUGUUUAACAGAAGAGCAGUUGAUGCAAGUCUAGUCUUUUGUUAUCUUUAGUUGUAACCUGAGGUAGCAGGAGGGAAAUGGUCAUUAAGGUUUUGGUGGAAGACGGCUUGAAGCCUUCACAUGUUCUGAACAGAUGUUUCCAAGUGUUGGAUGGAAAGAAUACAGUGACUGAAGCCGAGUGAAGGACAGUUACUGACACUUAAGUGCCUAGUGAGUAAUAGUCAUGUUUUUACUCUGACUGAGCUACUCCUACUAACCUUUGUGAAGGUUGCUUCCAUUUUCUGGCCUUAGGUUUUGACAUUUCUCAAGUAUUGAAGAAGCAGCAGGUGGUUUGAUUGUUAGACGCCUGUGACUGAAUGUAAAACUUCAGGUGUAUUUUUUCGUAUGGGAAUUUUUGUAAAACUUUAAAAACUGCCUUGCACAUGGGUGGGAUGUGCGAUUCUCGACUCUGGGACACAUGAUGUCAAACUAUUACAACCCUUUUGGAACUGAUUUGAGGAACAAGGGAGGAUUUAAUAUCUAUUUGUACCUUGAUUUAUAUGGUAUGGCAUUAAGAGAAUUGUAAAAUUAACUCCCCACCUCUAAAUCCAAGGAGACAGGUAGACACAAUGAUAAAAUAUAGUAUUAUACAUACAGUCUAACUAACCUAGACAAUCAUUAAAUGCCAAAAGUUUUAUGUUUUGUAUUUGUUUCAAAAUAAAAGUAUGAUCUUUGUGAAGGACCAGAGCGUGGCUUAAUGAGAUGAAAUACUGACACACUACAACAACAACAAACGGCCAGCAAGUCAUUUUAUUUGCUCCGAUCAAGCACAUUGUUUGUACAAUGCAAUUGUAUUGACAUGUUCCAGCAGAUCAUCUUGUGUGUUUUUGAUCCAGUGCAGCAGUGAUAUAAUGACUGCCUUGUAAAUCCUAGUGGUUUGUGCCAACUGAAUGUAAACAUACCUACUAAUACGACACCCUGUGUCCAGUCUGUAGUGUUCAUGGUAAAACUGUAGGAAUGUUUAGAAAUAUGAAAUUCUUAAAUAAACUGGAUGUCGACAA